GUCUGAUGGAUGGACAUGGACAACAGCAGCAGGACACGGCAGAAGACGCAAAUAAUGAGACUGAAAAGGAAGAAAAAGAAGAGGACAUCAAAUCUGCUGAAGACAAAGCAUCAAGUCAGGGUCCAUCUGACGACAGAAGACAACCCAAUGAUCCAUCAGCAAGAGGAGGGAAGCAGAAUGAAUCUGAAUUGAUAACUGGACAAAAAGACACCCCAUGUCCAGCAGAGAGUGGACACAAAGUAAAGAAUGGAGACAGGAGAGAUGGAGGGGGGAACCCAACUCCUCUUCCUCCUGCUAAACCAGAUCGGCUCUUUAGAACCGAACCACAGAAGGAUUUGAACAAAAGAAAUGAAGACAACAAAACAGAAUCUACAAAUAACCGAGCAGCAGGUCCAACUGAGGGACAAACACCACACCAGGAUGGACCAGCUGUAGGAGGGACAAAUAAUACAUCAGACCAGACAGGAGGACCAACAGGGACGAGUGACGACACUCCAGCAGAGAGAAGAAGACAGGAAGAACAAAAAGAGGAAGGAGGAAAGAGUCUGAUGGAAGGAGACGGACAACAACAGCUGGUAGGACAAGAAGCAAGCAAUGAUACAGUAGAAACAGUAGAAAAUAAAACCCAAACUGAGGAAAACAAAGCAGCAGCUCAGGGUCCAACUGACGACAAAACACAACACAACGAUCCAUCAGUAGGAGGAGGAAAGCAGAAUGAUUCUGAAUUGAUAACUGGACAAAAAGACACUCCAUUUCCAGCAGAGAGUGGACACAGAGGAAAGAAUGGAGACAAGAGAGAGGGAGGGGAGAAGACAACGCCUCUGUCUUCAGUUAAACCAGAUCUGCUCCAUAAUACAGAAGAACAGAUUAAAUCAGAUCAGCCCCAAUCAGAUAUAGAGAGUGAUGUGGCGACAAAAGAAAAAGAGACAGAUAAAGCAGGACAUCUCCAUCAGACAGAGGGAGAAACACAGGAAAAGCAGUGUGGUGAAGAACAGCCAGAGAAGCAGGAGAUGGGAGAUGGCGAGGAAGGCACAUCAUCUACACAUAGAAAAAGAGAACAUCAUCUAGAAACAGUGAGUACAGGAAAGAGAGAGAAUGAGACUCCAUCUGAGACAGAAGAAACAGGAAGAGAACCAAAGAGUGAUCAAGAUAGCAAAAAACAGAGAGUCACAGAGAAACGACAAAAAUCUAAACCCCACAGGAGUGGAAGGAGAAAAUGAUCCGAAUAAAAGAGAUGGUUGUAAGUCUUCUUCUCCAAGGGGCGCCCCAGAUCCUCAGCAUGAGACAAAGGGACAAACAGACCAAGACUGAAGACUGACUGUGGAGUGAAAAUCAGAAAAAAAGUAAUUCAAAGCCGCAGAAAAGGAGACAGCAGUGACAAAUC